AUGCGUUUGUGCGUACUGCUGCUUCUUGGGCUGCUACUGAAUUGCCAGCUCUCUAUCGGUUUGCCGACCAUACAAAGUCCACCCAGCUCAUCAACCGAUGUUUUCAACUCAACAUCUUCAGAACUCCUCCAAUCUUCCAAGACCGAACCUUCGAUCCUCCCAGAAAAUGGAGAAGAAGAGAAGCUCAGAGAAAAGAAAGGUCUUCAAGAAAAUAAUUCGGAUUCAGACAACGCAACUUCUGGCUUCGGCAAUGAUGGCAUUUUGAAUUCUUCUACGAUCUGCGGCCCCAUUUCCAAAUGCUAUGUUUUCCCUGAAAAUUGCAGUUUCAAUUGCGAAGUCAUUUAUUCGGUGGAAAAAGGCCGAUCCCACCUAUAUGUACGAGAACUCAACGUCGGAGGAGUCAUCAGUAUUAAAAGAUCUUCACUGCUUGGUUACUCCAAAAGAGUGUUUUCAUGCUUCGAAACGGUUUCUUUGUGCUUUUACGGAUCCGAAGAUAGUUGGGGUGUUCUCCAAUAUUCCUUCAAGAAGAACUCACUGAUCAAAGCUCAGCCAUCCGACAUCAUAUCAGAAAACACAUUUCUGUGGGCAUUCGAAUACCCAGUGAUAAAUGUGGGAAAUGAGGACAAAAUAUCCUUCCGCAUUGAUCCGGAUAGAGCAUCCGGGUCCUUCAAAGAUUUGUUUCUGAAAAGCCACUAA